GUUGUCGGUUGGUCCACGGACGAAGCUGGUUGCCUAGGUGAUAGCGAAUCGCGAAUAACGCUCAGCACCCUAGGGCAGGCGCACUGUUCUCGGGUUUGACUCCUAGGGUGACAACCCAAGACUUGCAGAUCCGCUGAGGGUCUGGAAUACUGAGGAGGAAGACACCUUUUGCUUUAAGGGAGCGUGUGUGUGACCUUGCCCAGACGCGUCCCUGUCACGGAGAGAUGCCAAGGAGCAGAAGCCUGGUCACCUGAGGCCUCCUCCAACCCGGGUCUAGCUCCAGGGGCUCGGGUCGCCUUCGGCACCGUCCCGAAGCCGCUCGGGCAGAGUCGGAGGGUAGAGCCGGAGGACACGGCCUCACAGCGGGCGUGGCGCACGCGUACCGACGGGAUGCCGAGCCGUUAUCCCGGGGCCGCCGAGCUGCCCGCGUUGGCCAGGACGGAAGACGGCGACGGGCCAGCUGGACGCUCUUAUCACCAGAAUUCGAAAGGCACUGGUGAGCAGCAUAAAGCAGAUAGAAUCAAAGAGGGGCACAGAGUGUACUCACACAUUGCCAAGCUGCAGGAGUUAUGGAAAACCACUCAAAUCCAAACAAUUCAUAUCCCUAAAUCAGUGACAGAUUCAUCUUUUCUAAAGCAUCCGGAACUCAGCUCAGGCCAGAAGCGCUACCUGUGCAGCAUCGCUAAGAUCUGUAACUCCAGCUAUCUGAGGACCUUAAUGAAGCGGCAGUACAUGCAUAUGUUUCGUCAUGGUUCACAAAAGCCAGGUGUCCUCACACAUCACAGGAGCCAUACCAGCUCCCGCUACUCACAGAAACAGCAUCCCCCCUGCACUCCGUGGCGACACCACCUGGAGAGAGAGGACUCUUGGAACAUUGCAGCUGCAGCACCUGAAAUGAUCAUCCAUUCCCUCUGGCGGCCACUGAGACACAAAGAAGGGGUAAAAAUUGGAUAUGCACUGAACACAAGAUGCAAGUCACUGAGGAGUUUUAGAAGACCAAGCGGACUGCUCUUGCUACCAGAUGGUUCUCAGCCAUGCACGAGUGAAGGAACAAAGGAAGAAGAUCUACUGAAUGAGUGCAUGCAGACCAUGUCUAUUCAAGAACCAGACACCCCGUCUUAGCCCAAAAGUCUCCAUACCAAGGUCAGCCAUCAGCCAACAUCCAGAUGCUGAGCCAGAGGUGGACAGGGAAGAGUUGUGAGCCAUGUAUGGAUAGUGCUAGUCACCAGUAUGUCAACUGAGUUGAGAAAUUGACAACAGCCUUGUUCAUCCUAUGUGCUUCUGUGUACCAAUAUCUGUGUAAUGUAUGCUUGUUUCUAGCUAGGAACAAUUAAAAUUUUACUUGCCA